CGCACCUCCGAACCGGUUUCGCCCCGCGGAGCCGGCAGCUUAAAGUGCGGCGCCUGCGGUCCUCGCCCGCCGCUGCUCCCGAGCCGUAGCGGUCUCAGAAGCACCUCAGCUCGGGUCAGUGCCAUGAUCCGGCAGGAGCUCUCCACAUCCUACCAGGAGCUGAGUGAGGAGUUGGAUCAGGUGGUUGAGAACUCAGAGCGGACGGACGAGCAGGAAAAGGAGACAGACGGAGUCCAAGGUCCAGGAGUCUUACCAGCCCUGGACAGCGAGUCCGCCUCCAGCAGCAUCCGCUUCAGCAAGGCCUGCCUGAAGAACGUCUUCUCCGUCCUGCUCAUCCUCAUCUACCUGCUGCUCAUGGCCGUGGCCGUCUUCCUGGUCUACCAGACCAUCACAGACUUCCGAGAGAAGCUCAAGCACCCCGUCAUGUCGGUGUCUUACAAGGAGGUGGAUCGCUAUGACGCCCCAGGGAUUGCUCUGUACCCGGGUCAGGCCCAGCUGCUCAGCUGCAAGCACUAUUACGAGGUCAUUCCACCUCUGAGGAGCCCCGGCCAGCCGGGUGACAUGGACUGCACCACCCAGAGGAUCAACUACACGGACCCUUUCUCCAACCAGACCCUGAAAUCCGCCCUGAUUGUGCAGGGGCCCCGCGAGGUGAAGAAGCGCGAGCUGGUCUUCCUCCAGUUCCGCCUGAACGAGAGCAGCGAGGACUUCAGCGCCAUCGAUUACCUCCUCUUCUCGUCCUUCCAGGAGUUCCUGCGCAGCCCAGACAGGGUGGGCUUCAUGCAGGCCUGCGAGAGCGCCUAUUCCAGCUGGAAGUUUUCCGGGGGCUUCCGCACGUGGGUCAAGAUGUCCCUGGUGAAGACGAAGGAAGAGGACGGGCGGGAGGCGGUGGAGUUCCGGCAGGAGACCAGCGUGGUCAACUACAAUGACCAGAGGCCAGCCGCCGAAAGGAGCGCUCAGUUGUUUUUUGUGGUCUUUGAAUGGAAAGAUCCUUUCAUCCAGAAAGUCCAAGAUAUAAUCACCGCCAAUCCUUGGAACACAAUCGCCCUUCUCUGUGGGGCCUUCCUGGCGUUGUUUAAAGCAGCAGAGUUUGCCAAACUGAGUGUGAAGUGGAUGAUCAAAAUUAGGAAGAGAUACCUUAAAAAAAGAGGUCAGGCAGCAAACCACAUAAGCUGAGGUGGCCUCGUGGUGUUGGUAGAACUGCCCCCGGCGAUGGAAGUUCUCGUCAUUUCUGUGUUGGUAAACGGAGCGGCCAGCGGCCCUGUGCCCACCUGCCACGGCCUCGCUGGGAGGACCAGCCUGCCAGACUGCAGCUUCUCACCUGGCCCCGAAAGAGGACGUUUAGAGCCUAAUGGAGCAGAUCCAGUGGAUAACCUACAACCUAUUUAAGUAUUUAAAUUAUUAAUGACCAUUUUGGGACAUAUGACUAGGGAUUGUGGAAGAUGGAAUUAGAUAUGUCUCAGGUUUUCUGAAGGUUUGUGAAGCUGCCUUAAUUGGUUUGGUGUAUAGUUAAGCUCUAACAGGAUAAUCCAGGCUCUACACUUCACCUUAGUCCCCCCCCCACCCCGAGGUUUUUAUAAAGUGGACAGAGUGUGUGAUUUUUUUCCCCCAAAUCCUGAGGCUGCAGAUGCGCAGGUUCUGCGUUGAGCCCUCUGCACCCCGUACCCAAGGGCAGAAUCCGUUGUCUCCGGCGUCACCUGCCAGUUCCAUCAUCCAGCCUCUGACCUGUUCUCUCAUUUGUUAAAUUUUAAAUGGGACUUUUAUAAAGCUUCUAGAAAGUAGUACUAAGAUAUCUUGAGGAUUGACUAGCCACUUACGUGUCUGGCUCGAGUAUCUGUUGAUGCGGGUAUGAACGCGCAGUGAUUAACAUGCAGAAGCUCUGGGACAUGUGUGCAGAGGAGGUGCCUACUCAGUGUAUUUUGAUGAUUUUAUUAACAGGUAAAUAAAAGUUAGGUUAAUGCAAAAGGA